AAUUACUUAUAUAAAAUGUUUAUGAGCACAUAUAACCCGGGUAAGUGUAAACGUACACAACAUACGUAUACUAAAAUGUGUGGAUGUGAGUAUACACAUUUAUCAUUUAUCAUCAGAGCGCCAUGGCGCCUCUAGUAGCGGAACGAUAUUACACAUAUUUAUAACUCUACACACACUUUCAUACACAAAUCACCAAGUCGUCGCCAUUUUAAUAGCGCGUGCCGGCUUCUGUGUUUCAUCGUUAAAAAGAUAUUGCUUUAAAAUAUUCAAUAACUGACUAGGAUAAAAUUUCAAAAACCUGAUAAUAAAAAGAAGUUUAUAACAAUAAACCCAUACAAUGUUUAUUCUAAAGUGCUCAAGAGAUAAUUCUUUUUGUAAAAUUGAUGAGAGUGAGGUUAUCUUUAAUAAAGAUAGCCCGCCAAAAGAAGGUGAAACGGUUAAAUUCCUAUGGUAUGGAAACGAAGAAUUUGGUGAAGUAGUAAUGGAAUCUGGUAAGUCAAAAAUGAAUUUAUAUACAAGUACAUUAUUGCUGUGUUUAUUUCGUCGUUUCCAUGUAAAUAUAUACGAGAUUAAUAAACGAUAUAUAUAUAUGUGCUUGACGUGUUCUGUACAAAAAUCUAAUUCUAUUGAUCAGAGUUUCAACAAACUAAUAUAUUUAAAUGUAAAUUUUCUAGAUAAUAUAAAAAAAAUAAAUCAAAAGUUUGAACAAGUAAAAAAGGAUAUGAAAAAAAGACCACGAACUCCAAGCACUUCCCCAGAAACUACAAGUGAAUCUCACAUUUCUUCGAAAAGAUCUAGAAAACCAAAUGCUAAGUAUAAUUCUAACUCUUUUGAAAACUUAGAAUUUGUGAAGCCACCUAAAGAAGUUCAAGUUUCAAAACUGACCCGUAAAGAUGACAAUAAAAAUCAAAGUGACAAAAUGACACAAUUGCUUAUUGAAAAAGACAUUGCCAAAAAGAAGACAGAUAAGUCUAAAAGCAAAAAAAUUAGUCCAACAAAAGAUGAGUUGAAGCAACGAUUAGCAGAAUUGGAAGGAAAUAUGAAAAAAUCGGCGGGAUCACUGUAUGAUGAGAUUGCACCUACUCCUCACACCGUUAAACCCAGAAAAAAUAAUAAAAGCAAUAACGAAAACAAUUCUGCCACAGAAAGUGACUCUGAUGUUGAUAAAUCAGUAAAUGUCUCUUUAAUUGAAUCAGAAGGCAGUGAAACCGAAAAGAGUCAUACUGUGAACUCGGAGAUGUCACGCGUAGAUGAUACUGAUAAAGAAAAUAAUCCUUCAGUUUCUAAAUCUUUCGAAAAUUUAGAUUCCAAUAAUGCAGGUAUAGAGGGUAUUGUAGAUGAUUACAACGACCCUGAUCUUUACGGUAAAGAUUGGUCUGGUGAAAAGGUAUAUUUUUUGAUAUUAUGCUGUAUUAUUCUCAUAUUACAUUGAGGAAUAAUUUUAUUGUGAUAUUUUCUGUUUUAAAUUCUAAUUAUUUUUUUUUAUGACAGAUGUAUAAACUAAUGGACAGAAUCUAUUGUAAAGAAAAAGAGUACAAAGAAUGCAGUAGACAAUGCACCCAAGCUUCCCACUUCAUUCGGAGAUUAAUCACCGGAGUUUUAAAGCCGAGUGGUUACGUAGAUGCUACGCUGACUGGACAAGCUUCUAGAGCACAUCCGCAAGAAGAAAAACUAACUCCAGUAAGAGCAUUCAAUACUGCAGCGAAGAAUGAAAUUAUAGGUUUUGCUAUGGCUUUAGCUAAGAUAAAAGGAUGGAAAGGUAAAAAAGGAAUUGAGCAAACUGAAGAAGAAUUAGCUGCAGUAAUGUCUCAAAAGAUUGGAGAGUUAAAAAGAGCUCAUGUUGCUAAUAAGAAAGCUAAGUCUUAAAUAAUUAUUUGAAGACUGAAAUCUUUUUUUUUUAUUUUAUUUCGAUCAUUAUUUUAUUAUUAUUAUUUUAUGGUUUAAAUUUAAAUAAGUGUUAUAUAUCAGACCGUAUAUAAAUGACAUUGAGAAGUCAUGUCAAAUAUUAAUUAAAGAUAUAGCUACUAUUGAUAUUUAAGACAAUAUAUAAACCAAAAAAGUAUAUGCUUGUGCGUACCCACUGAUUAUAUUAAAAAAUAUGCUAA